AUGGACAAAACGAUAAAGCAUUCAGUGUGCAACGAACUCAUAAAUACUGAACAUGAUAAGUCAAAUACUAUGGAUAAUCUUGGCGAUGGGGACCUAGCACACGUGACCAUGGAUUUAACAUGUUGCCAUGAAGAACUUUCUCCAGCAGCGAAUCAAAUAAAUUCUCCUAACAGCAGUUUCUUCCAAGGAGAGGUACUACUAAACGUAAAGAAUGAAAUGAACUAUGAUCAACAAGAGGAGGGAGCUUGUGCACUAGUGACACAAUCUGAUCAGCUCCCCGUGAAAUCACCAAGUCUAAACUCUCCAAAUGAAGCUGGUGAUUCAAUGAUGAGAGAGUUGUAUGAUAAUGACCCUGAAAAUGGAAAUCCAUUUAGCUUUGAGAAUGUCAGCAAUGAGGAGUGUGACAUUUUGAAUGGUGAUGAUGAUGAUGAUGAUGAUGACUCAUUUGGAUUAGACACUCUUUUUGAUGAGAGCUUGCAGUGUGAGGACACCUUAAGAGGUGUAACAGACACCAGAAAAAGGUCAAGGGUUUAUGUUCCAGAAGAUGACAGUGAGAGUGAUAAUGACACUCUUGGACUGAAAAACCUGUUUGAUGAGGACUUGCAAAGCAGAGAUGCUGUAAGAUGGGUGGCCAAAGGCAAGCAUAAAGCUAAGCUGUGGAAGAGGAAUAAGAGAAAAAGAAAGAAGCACCUCAGUGGUUUAUCUGAUGAUGAUGACAUUGAUAUCGCAGCAGUGGACAUGAAAGACAGUCCUUCUACACUGAAGAAAAAGCCUAAAAGGAUAAUACCAAACUAUUUUAUAGCCAUACGUGUCUCAAAUCCUGUCAUACACUCUGGUGUUAAGAUCGUUCAGGAUUCAAUUGUUUCUCAUGAUGAAAACCUGAAGCCUGCUCUUAUUCCACUUGCAACCUUGCACUUAACCCUCUUAGUUCUACAUUUGGAGGAUGAGGAGAAAAUUCAAAAGGCAACAGAAGUCUUGCAUCAAUGCAGAACUUCUCUGGAACCUGUUUUGCUAAAUAGUGCCUUGACCCUGAAUUUUGCAGGCCUUGAUAACUUCCGUCAUCAAGUUCUCUUUGUGAAACUUUGUGGAGAAGAGGGAAUUGUAAGGCUGAAUACAGUGGCAAAUGUUGUAAGGGAUACAUUUGCAAAGGAGGGAAUCCCAUCAACAGAUUCUAGAGAGUUCAGCCCCCAUUUAACGGUCAUGAAAUUGACUCGCAGUCCAAAGUUGAGAAAGAGAGGAAUCAGGAAAAUUCCAUUGGAAAGUUAUGCAACCUGGACUGACUUUGAUUUCGGGGAAGAGCGCGUGAGUAGCUUGCACCUUUGUUCAAUGAAUAAGAAAGAGGAGGAUGGCUUUUACAAGUGUGUGACUACAAUUAAGUUUGAGGAUCAGCAUAAAGUAAGUGAAGAAUUAACUCCACAGCCUGUAAAUGUAGCAACAGCUGGUGACAUCACACUGGUGGAAGGUGAUAAUGUUUAGGCAUCAGUGAACAACUCAUCCCAAUAGCUGAUGUAGGCACAUGAUAUUAUCAAAGCACAAAGCACUGGAAAGUGGCCAGGGGAUGAAGCGGUAACAAACUAGCCUGGUUAUCAGCAUCAACUGACAGCUCCAAGCAAGGAAAUAAUGAAGGUAGCAGUAAAUUGUAA